UCGAAGAUAUUCUUUCUGAAGAACAAAAUGGGUGAUUCACAAAUAGAUGUUCAUCGUUUAACACUCUCUUCAACUCAUGAACAGAGACAGAGGCAGCCUUCCCUUCAUCUCCUUUCUAGAGAAAAUUCAAACCUUUAUCUCAACAACUGUGUGCCUCUUCAUAAGGCUGCAUUAAAAGGUGACUGGAAAAGUGCCAAAAAAUUGUUAGAAAAAGAUCCUACGAUGUUGUGUGCUGGUAUCACAAAGGGACACGAAACUGUUCUUCAUAUUGCGGCAGGAGCCAGACAAACUGGCUUUGUAGAGGAGCUAAUAAAGUUGAUCCAAUCGGAAGACCUGGCCCUGCAGGACAAAAAAGAAAAUACGGCAUUCUGUUGCGCCGCUGCAGCAGGAGCUACUGAUAUCGCUAGGAUUAUGUUGAAGAAGAAUCCUAGUCUUUUGACAAUCCGAGGUGGUGAAAAGAUGAUGCCUGUGUUUUUGGCUGCUCUGUUAGCACAAGGGGAGAUGGCAUCUUUUUUAUACGAAUUAUCUCAAGCGAAACAUGUUUUCCAGUGGGAGGACGAAAUUGCUCUAUUUUUCACUUGUCUCACCAAUGGUUUAUAUGAUCUCGCAUUAAAAAUGCUAAAGGGUGAUCCCAAAUUAGCUAUGGCUCGUGAUAGAAAUUCUGAGACUGCCUUACAUGUUUUGGCUCGAAAACCUUCAAUAUUUUCUGACAAAAAUCAAGGUCUAUUCAGGAGGCUUAUCAACUCAUUCUCAGGAUUAAUGAAGUUGAAUCACAACAAGGAUUUCGAAUCAACUCAAGCUCUUCAAUUAGUCAAAUGCCUAUGGGAAGAAAUGUUAAAACAACAUGUCUCGGAUGCGGAGCUAGAUAAACUAACACAAACACCUUCACGAAUCAUCUUUGAGGCAGCAAAAUUUGGAAAUUCCCAAUUUUUGGCUGAGCUCAUUUCCCGUUAUCCUAGUUUGAUAAAUCAAUUUGAUGAAAAUGGUUACAAUAAGGAGCAGAACAAUAUGUUGCAUUUGGCUGCAAAAUUACCACAUCCAAGUCGAAUUGGUAUCUUAUCAGGUGCAGCUCUACAAAUGCAGAGAGAAUUAUUAUGGUCUAAGGAGAUAGGAAAAAUGAUGCAACCUUCCUUCCGAGAAAAGAAGAACUCAAAUGGCCAAACACCUCAAGAGUUAUUCACUCAAGAGCACAAAGAGUUAUUGAAAAGCGGAGAACAAUGGAUGAAGCAUACCGCUAACUCAUGUAUGCUUGUUGCAACAAUCAUUACCACUAUAAUUUUUGCAGCAAUUUUUAGUGUACCAGGUGGUAACGAUAGUAGUAAAGGAUUACCUAUUCAUCUGAAAGAGACAUGGUUUCAGGUUUUUGUCAUAUCAGAUGCAAUCGCAUUAUCCUCGUCUUCUAUCUCUAUCCUGAUGUUUUUGUCGAUCCUUACAUCGCGAUAUACAGAAGAUGAUUUUUUGGAGUCUUUACCAUUUAAACUGAUGGUUGGACUCUCUACACUCUUUGUAUCCAUAAUCACCAUGAUGGUAGCUUUUAGCACAACUCUUUUAUUAGCUUAUCAUGAUAGAUUAAAUUGUGUCACGAUGCUUACUACUGUAGUUACGUCUGUACCAGCCACUCUAUAUGUUCUAUUGCAGUAUCCUCUUUUAGGAGAUAUAUUUUGUUCAACGUACCAUUCUAGGUUUUUGUUUAAACCAAGUAAACCCAUGUUCAGAUUUGUUUGA